GGAAGAGAAGUAGAUAGUUACGUGCCUGGCAUGCAAAGUUAGCUAAAAAAGAAAGGGUCUUGUUUCUGUUGUUAGUUGUUUAUCCCUUACAACAGAAACAAUGUUCAUCAUUUUUGCACAAAUUCAACGUCCUGUAUAGAUUUUUUGAUUUGUUUUUUGUUUGGAUAUUCUUUGUCGAUUUGUUGUUCAUCUGAAUUCGUCCUACUUCUCUUCCUUGAUCGGGUUCUGCUCUUCGUUUCAGGUUUCAGGUCCAAAAUCCUGUUCAAGACCCUAAAAUUUUAUGGCGGAUUUUAAUCAGGAUUUCUUAUUGUAAAGUUUUGUCAAGUUACUUGCCAUAUUGAAGUACCUGAGAAAAGAAAAGAGCAAAACUGCAUUUUCAUCAAAAAAAAGUCUACACAAGUGCAGAGUUGAAGGCCUCAUCAAGAUGGCAUCCCUAAUACCAGGGGUGCUACUCAAACUACUCCAAAACAUAGAUUCAAAAGCAAAAAUCCGAGGGGAAUACCGAUCAGUCCUCCUACAAGUAAUCAGCAUCGUUCCAGCUUUAAGCGGAGGAGAGUUAUGGCCUGGUCACGGCUUCUUCCUCAAAGUCUCCGACUCUUCACAUUCCACAUACGUGUCCUUAAACAAGGAAGGUAUCGAGCUUAUACUCAAUAAUAAGCUACAAUUAGGCCAAUUCUUCUAUAUUGACCGUUUAGAGGCCGGAACUCCGGUCCCUACCGUUGUCGGAAUUAGGCCCCUUCCUGGUAGGAACCCAUUUAUAGGUAAUCCUAAAGAUUUGAUGCAAAUUUUAGACCCUUCUGAAGGUCCUGUUCGUGUUGAUGCUCGUAACAUCAGCAACGGUUCUAAGGCAUCAGAGAUGAAGGUUAGGAGUUCGAGAUUACAUAAGCUUGUAAUAAAAGAAGAAAAGUCGUCUGUUUCAUCGCGUUAUAUGGAGGGUGUGUUAUCAUCAACUCAUCAUAGAAUUAGUAGUAGUGAUUCUAUCAGUAUGAAGAGUAGUGAUGCUGAAAGCAUUGGAGGUGGUGGUAAGGUUGUGGCCUUAAAAUCUAAGUUACAAGAGCCUAAAGGUCAGUGGCAGAGUCUCCCUGCAACUCCUUGUAACAGUCGUCCAGUGACUCCUUCUCGAGUUCGUCCUACGACACCUAACCGUCAACGCCCCACAGUUCCUUCCCGCUCUCGUCCAAUGACUCCAACCCGAACACGACCAGAUACUCUUGAAGUGAAGGUUGAGUCUACUAGAGAAACCUUUCUUAAGACCGCACCUAGAAAAAGCGUUACCAAACAAGAAAACAUAGAUUUAAAUUACUCGACUAAUGCUAAAGACAAGACUCAAACUUCUGAUCAGCAAACAGUCCCCUGGAGUUCUCUUCCUGCAAGUCUUUUGAAGCCAGGACAGGUAAUGCUUAGGAGAAGAGACUUAGCAUCCUUAGUUGCAGCAGAAGCUCAAAAAGAAGCAACUACAGCUGCAAUUCUUGUCAAGUGUAUAGACAUGUUUUCUGAUCUGUGUUCCUCUGCUUCACCCACGAAUCCUCACGCCUCUCUUACAAAGUUCUUCGCGCUACACCAAGUCAUUGAUCAACAAAGCUCCUCAAAGGAAAAACUCCUGAUAUUACACAACAAUUCAUCCUCACAAAGCAACGAUAACCCUAACACAACACCACCACGACUUUCCAUAAAUGGAAAGAACACCACGAAAUCCUUAAAGCCGGCAUCAGAACUAAGCAUGGCUGAUAAGUUUGAAUGGUCUAAUAAAGGCCAAGGAAUGAAUGACACAAAAGAGGUCAGACUAAUUUUAUUGAAAGAAUCGCGAUCAUGGUUUUUGAGGUUCUUAGAUGCAGCACUAGAUAGUGGUUUUCGAGUGGAGAAGAAGAAAUGCAUUAAAGAUAGUUUUGGGAGGAGAUCAUUAGAACCUGAUAAUCAUAUUGCAUUGACAUUAUCACAACUUAAGCAAGCUAAUGAGUGGUUAGACAAAUUAAAAGGAAGUACGAGUAAUAAUGAUGAUGGUAUUUCAGAAAGAGUUGAUAAGCUUAAGAAGAAAGUUUACGCAUGCUUGCUUCUUCAUAUAGACUCUGCUGCAUCAGCUCUCGAGAACAGAUCAGAUCGUAAAUGACUGAAAAUACAAGUCCAAAGUUGUAUUUGAAUUAGUUUUUUUGGGUUAUUCUUAUUUCUCUAAUUUAUGAUAUUAAUUUAAUUAUGCUGAAAUUUAAUAUGUUCAAUCCCAAGGGGUGGGAAUUACAUAGAUUAAGCUUGAGAAAAGAACAAUUUCUGAUGCUGGAAAUUCUGUAAAUUACUUACUGAAUACAAAGGUGACCCAUUGAGGUUCUCUUGCAUUACUAUUUCCAUUUCCACUAAUUUUCGCGGCAGCUGAUUCAGCACCAAUGUUGUGAUAUGAUUCAGUACAUA